UAUUAUAAACCUUAUUAAGCUUUCUCGCACAAUGUCUGAACCUGAGGUUUUUAAGGUUUCAUACAUUUUUCCAAAUGGAGACAAAUAUGAGGGCGAGUGUUGUCGCAUAUCAGAAUCAGACGACAGUCAGUCAGUGAUGAGGAAAGGUUUCGGCACGCAGACCUCGUCCUCUGGGACGAUGUACACUGGAGAGUGGGACAAUGAUAAGAUGAAUGGAAGCGGGACGCUUUCACACCCUUCAGGAGCCGUGUACAAGGGCCAGUUCAGAGACAACAUGUACCACGGUGGCGGAACGUACCACUUUCCUGACGGGACGAAAUACACUGGAAUGUUCAGUAAUAACAGACUUGAGGGUAAGGGCGAAUUUACUGACCUGGAGGGACUCUUGUGGACUGGAAACUUCCAGAGAAAUGCAGCGCCAGGGCUCAAACUCAAACUUAAUAUGUAACACACACACAGAGAGACACACAUAAACUCAUGAGCAACAAAUAAGCACGUGUUCUUGUUAUAACAGUGUGCUGAUUGUCUCUGUCUGGGGAAAAGGGUUCUCCUGAAGCCUCCUUUGCUUCUGUAAGAUUUCUUUGAUGUGAGAGUUUGUAUAUGUAAUUUUGCUCUACAGUAGAUGUUAUACAAAUGUUUGGAUUAACCGUUCUACAAGUGUUCAGUCAUACACAGCUAUCACAUUAUACAGUGACAAGAAAAUCCGAAUUAAUAAGAAAGUAUUGAUAAGCUAAGAAGAUUUGCACAGCUGUUAGCUUUUGGUUGUGACAAAGAAUAGUUAUUAUAGUUAGUAAAUUCACUAUUUACCACCUUGUUGAGCAGGAACGCAUCUCAGAAUGCACAUCAUGCCGAAAUCUUGAGGUGGAUCAUGUUAAAAAAAAAAAAAGCAGUAAAGCACAUCAGGUUUCUGUCCUGUCAGCCAAGAACAGGAAUCUGAGAAGCUUUUCUGCUUACCAUGGUUGUAAAGAGUGAUUAAGCGAGUUAUCUUAGCCUUCCUGCUAAGGUGCAAAGAGUUGUGGAAGGUAAUUAAAUAUCAAAUAUAAAUUCAUAUGUAAUAUGACAUGUGAAUUAAAUUGUGAUCCAUUAAACUCAAAGUUGACAUCUUUAAUAAAGUUGCAUAAUACAGUAGUUGGACAAAAAUAAGAACUUUGUGCUCCCUGAGGGGGGUGAAGAUUUGCGAGCCAAGCAUAACUU